AUGGAGCUUACCUUCCUCCUGGUCAGCGUCUCCGUUGUUGCCGGUUGCCAUAUCAUACUGUCCCUGGUGGCUGGCUACCUUGCCUGGUACUAUCGCAAGCAGUGGAAGCGCCUCCAAGCUCAACAUACAGUCGAUGAAGAGAACCUGAACACUGUCUCUACUUCCCGCGGUCGCAGUCAAACCAUUCGCAGAUCAUCGCGCUAUGGCACACUUCACGAAGAAGGUCGCCGCCAGCAUACACGAGACGGAGAAAACUCGCGGGAGGCUGGCAUCCCCAACGGAGGUGCUCAGCGAACGAGGCGGAAGCCUAGCCCGGAGGAGUUCAUCUUGAGCACAUUUGACCAUCCGCGCACUCCGCCAAAGCCUCCGAUGCCUGUGAAAAGUGCGGAGCGUGGCGCCAAGAGAGCUUCAUGGUCGCUUGCUGCUGAGAUUGCGAAGAUUGGAGAAAGCUCCAAGCAGCCGCAGGCUAUGGAGAACGGGAAGACUCUUGAUCCGGCUGCGGUAGAGGGUGAAUCUUGGCGUGUCGGGUCGCCAGUAUCGGGGAGGCCGUUGUGGUUCGAAGUCUCGACCCAGGACGUUCAGGAAAGAAAUUCGCAAGACGGUUACAUCUGA